AUGCUGAUUCCUAACAACUCAGAGAUUAAGUUUCUCCUUCUGAUUCGAAUCCCAGGAUUGGAUUAUGCCCACAUGUGGAUUUCCAUCCCCAUCUGCCUCAUGUACCUCGUUGCUAUCACAGGCAACUGCAUCAUCAUCUUUAUCAUAAGGACAGAGCCCUCACUUCAUGAGCCCAUCUUAUUCCUUGCCAUGUUGGCUGUCUCUGAUAUGGGUUUGUCCCUCUCCUCUCUUCCUGCCAUGCUGAGGUUCUUCUUGUUCAAUGCAACCGGAAUUUCACCCACUACCUGUUUUGCUCAAGAAUUCUUCAUCCAUGGAUUUACUGUCAUGGAAUCCUCUGUGCUCCUAAUUAUGUCUUUGGGUUGCUUUCUUGCCAUCCACAAUCCUCUGAGAUACAGUUCUAUCCUCACUAACAAGAGAGUUGCUAAAAUGGGACUAAUCUUAGCCAUUAGGAACAUCCUUUUAGUACUUCCGUUCCCUUUUACUCUAAGCAGAUUAAUAUAUUGACAAAAGAAUUUCCUUUCUCAUUCAUACUGUCUUCAGGAUAUCAUGAAACUGGCCUGCUCUGACAACAAGACCAAUUUUAUGUAUGGCUUCUUUGUUGCUCUCUGUACUAUGCUGGGCCUGGCAUUUAUUUUCGUGUCUUAUGUGCUGAUCUUGAAGACUGUACUCAGCACUGCAUCCCUGAUGGAGAGGCUGAAGGCCCUAAACACCUGUGUCUCCCACAUCUGUGCUGUGCUCAUUUUCUAUGUAGCUAUCAUCACCCUGGGUGCCAUCCAUUGCUUUGCUAAGCACAAAAACCCCCUUGUCACAGUCCUCAUAGCAGAUAUGUUUUUAUUAGUUCCACCUCUGAUGAACUCCAUCGUGUACUGUGUAAAAACUAGACAAAUCCAUGAGAAGGUUUUGAGGAAGUUCCUUAACAUAUGUGAGAGAUAA